UCAGAGGCCCUGUGAACUUGAACUAGAUGAACAUCCAUUGCUUUUAUUCGGGUAAUAACAUUGAAUGACUGUCUGACUGUAUGACUUGCCUUUCUCUUUGAUUCCUCAGUGCCAGUCCUGGGCUAAACCAGACAUCAUCAAGCUGAUGGAGAUCCUUACUGAGAGCUGGAGGAGAGGUGUAGCGUGUAGCUUUGCUCUACUCGAACCUGGAGCUCCUCCUUCCCCUACCAGUCAGGACCCAGCCCAGUCCUCUCCUCACCCCAAAGAAAGUGACUCGCCCUAGGCUUCAGAGUGAGCCAACACCCCCUGACAUCCACCACCCUCAGAUCCCACUGAUCCUGGAUCAGACCAGUCCAGUUAAGGUGUCCUCCGGGUCCAGGCUGAGGAGAAAGAAAUGUCUGGCAACAUCUGAUUCCAGAUCAGCUCACAGAAUGUUAGUAAAGCCUUACAGAGCCUCACCGUCUCUGAGGAGGGCUCAUCCAAGUGUAUCAAAUAUUACUGAGACUGUUAAUGACAAACUUCAAACUGAGAAGGCGGCAGAUGGCUUGGUGUGCCACUGCUUAGAUGCAAUAACGGACUUUAUGGACCUCAUGACCUCUUGAUACCUCUCUACCGAGUGAGUCUCCACAUAAGGCUGGCCCAUGCAGACCAGGGGCUUUUCUCUGGACAGGGGCGGAGGUUAAAGAUGGACUGCUAGAUGAGAUGAGAGAGGAGGAUGGGGGCUGUAGGUGGUGGUGUGAGAGGACAUUUGAGAUCCAGGCUGCAGUAGAGGGCCUGGGCUUCCAGAGGUGGCUGGCCAGGGUGUCAGGGAUGGGCUGGAUCCCAGAGGCUGGAUGGGGAGGGUGAUGGAGAAACUCACCCUCCCUGUCGCCCCACCCAGACGGGGUUUCAACGUCAGUCAGACCACUUCCUGUGAUCCUAGCAGUUCGUCUUCCAGCAUGGUCGACAGGAGAUAUGACGUCAUCAGAACCGUCCUCUCAAGCCGAGCCUUCUGCACCUUGGGAAACAAGCAAGCUGUUGCCGUGGACUACCUGCCUGUCCUCCGCAGCAUGUGCCAAUCAGAGAGAACUCAGGAGCAGGGCCAAGGCAGGUUUCUGCAUUACCUCAGCAGUAUUCACCUGGGCCUCCCUAAGGCCACAGACUCCUUGCAGAUGAUUUCCCAUGACCAUUUAAGUCAGCAAGAUCUGCAACAGUUCUGGCUCUACACUGCAUUACAGGGAGGUUAAUGCUAUCAUCUCCCUAUGUUAAUGGCUUGUGAUUUAGUGAAUGUAGCCCAUAUGGGUGUUCAUGAUAAAGUUUGCUGUACAUUCAUUCAUGCUUAUUACAUUGAGUGAGAAGUU